UACCGAUUCCUAUGAUGAACUGAAUUGCGCUGGCGCGUUGUGUGUGCUGUGCUGCCAGCGCCUGGACAACCAAGAAGACGUGUGCGACAAGCAAGAGAGGCUCUGUAGAUAGGGAAAAAGUCGGAAAGCACCCGGUUCCUCGAUAGAGUCUCCCCUCUCUUCAUAUACCCUUCGCACGAUCUUUUGGGCCCUUGCUCAUCCCCAGCACGCCCUUCGACGGGGAGUGCAUGCGUCUCACAUACUGUGCAUGUGUGUGUGACACAGCUGCGAUAAAAUAGCAGACGAAUUGGUGGCCGGGUGAAAAUAAAGUGCUGCUCCGUGCGUCUGUGCGAGUACUUAUUUAGCUGCAGUUUAGCUGAAGCCGUUCACUUUGGAGGUUAGGCAGCCCCCCCUGUAGCAGUAGGAAAAUGAUGUGAUUGACAACUCGUCAUCAUCAUGGCGGCACCCAUGCUCAAGUGGAAACGCAUCACAAACCCGACGGGCCCGCAGCCGAGGCCUCGUCAUGGUCAUCGGGCUGUUGCAAUCAAGGACCUUAUGGUCGUCUUCGGGGGCGGCAAUGAAGGUAUCGUCGACGAACUCCACGUCUAUAACACAGCUACGAAUCAAUGGUUCGUCCCAGCCACGAAGGGAGAUAUACCUCCAGGAUGUGCAGCAUAUGGCUUCGUCGUGGAUGGAACACGAAUUCUCGUAUUUGGAGGCAUGGUAGAGUAUGGAAAAUACUCAAACGAGCUCUACGAGCUUCAAGCCAGCCGCUGGGAAUGGAAAAGAUUAAAGCCCAAGCCGCCAAAGAAUGGUCCAGAACCCUGCCCCCGACUUGGUCACAGUUUUACACUCAUUGGCAACAAAGUCUUUUUGUUUGGAGGUCUUGCGAACGAUAGCGACGAUCCGAAAAACAAUAUACCGCGCUACCUAAACGACUUGUACACCCUGGAGCUUCUACCCAAUGGUAAUAUCGUGUGGGAUAUCCCUGAUACUCAUGGACAUGCGCCACCGCCAAGAGAAUCACAUACUGGUGUAGCAUAUACAGACAAGACUACUGGAAAGUCGUGUCUGGUUAUUUAUGGCGGUAUGAGUGGUUGUCGCUUGGGUGACUUGUGGUUCCUUGAUGUUGAUACCAUGACGUGGAACAAACCAAUUGUACAUGGCCCCACGCCUUUGCCUCGUUCUUUGCAUACAGCUACUCUGAUUGGGCCCAAAAUGUAUGUCUUUGGAGGAUGGGUGCCUCUUGUUGUUGACGACAUGAAGGUCGCAACUCACGAAAAAGAGUGGAAAUGCACAAGUACUCUAGCUUGUCUGAAUUUAGAAAAAUUAGUUUGGGAGCAAUUGCAAGUUGACACACUAGAAGAAAAUGUUCCCAGAGCACGAGCUGGUCAUUGUGCUGUUGGUAUUCAUAGCCGGCUAUACGUAUGGUCUGGUCGAGAUGGCUAUCGCAAGGCAUGGAACAACCAGGUAUGCUGCAAAGACUUAUGGUAUUUGGAAGUCUGCAAGCCACCUGCACCAUCUCGAGUUCAGCUCAUUAAAGCAGGCACUCAGUCCUUAGAAAUCAGCUGGCAACCUACUCCAUCUGCUCAAUACUACAUCCUUCAAAUUCAGAAGUUUGAUUUGUCAACGAGCAGUGGCAGCGCUACUCCGACGACGCCUUCUUCCACAUUCACAAAUGCUGCGACCUCUGCUGGUACACCAGCUCUUCCAAGUUCCACGACUGGCACGAAUCUCGUAACGUCUGCACCCACAAGCGUGACUCCCGCUCUUGCUGCCGCACCUUUGUCAUCGAUACCAAUAAAACCAGUGGCUGCUCAGACCUCAAGUGUGACGCCUACACCGAUUCGAAUACAGGGCGCUGCGCAAAAAAUCAUCGCCUCGCCUGUUUCUGCCACAGCUGCUACUGCAAUUGCUGCAUCUCCGAUAAAACCAGUGGUAUCAGGCAGUCCUGUGAUGGCACGAGCUACCAACAUCAUUCGCAUCCAACAGCCUAAUACCGCCACACUGAUUCAAUCUGCAACUACAACUACAACCACAACAACGGUUUCUGCUGCAGGCACAGCCACCGUCACAACUACGAGUGCUACUCAACAGCAACAGGGUGCUGGUUUGGCUACACUCGCAGCAGCUGCUAUGACUCACAAGAUUAGUCUUAAUAACGUGCCAAUGGUGCCAAUUCAAGGCACAACGACGACCGCCCCUAUCAGAAUGAAAGGCGUUCAGCCAGGUCAACACAUUCGUUUUACGUCUCCUGGUUCUGCAACUGCCACUGUCUUGAGAGCAUCUUCGCCUCAACAGGGUAAACAGAUUAUUCUUCAAAAGGCUGGACAAACCGUUGCUGGUCAACCGCAGAUAGUACAUCUUGUUAAGACUAAUCACGGUCAAAUGGUAGCCAUGCCGAAAAUGAGUAUCAUUCCUGGCAAGACAAUUCCCACUUCUUCAGGCAAGUCUGGCAAUCAACCUACGAUUCUCCGACUUGUCAGUCCCAACGCCGUCGCAGGCUCUAAGCUUAUCAAGUCGAAUUUGGUUACUAUGGGUAAAGGCCAAACAAUCACUACAGGCAAACAGAUUAUGAUAACGAAACCUGGUGGUAAUGGUGGCAAUCUCGUCGCUCGCCCCAAUCAAAUCAUUGUCGUGACGUCUGGUUCUGCCCUUCGAACUGUUCAAGCCGUGACAACGAGCCAAGCUGGCGCUGGACAAGGUGCCAAUAUCGUCAACCCUGUCAAUAUGUUGCCACUUUCCGCCACCAACCAUGUGACUAACCAACAAGGUGUCAAAAUGAUUGUUGUGUCUAGUUCUCUUACCGGAGGCACUGCUGGCAAGCCAAUUACAAUAACUAUGCCUGGUCAAGGUGGCAAAACUGUGACUAUUGCUAAAGCUGGCACACCAGGAACUAUCAUACACAAAAAUCAGCUGAUAGCCAUGCCGCAGUUACAGAAAAAUGCUGAAGGUGUUGGCAAACCAGUGACGUUGCAAGUCCAAGGUAGCGGUAAAACCGUGACUCUCGUACCUACUGGUAGCUCCAUCGUCGGUAGUACGGCUGCCAAUGUUUCCGAAACUAUUGAUGCGAGCAAAAUGUUGAUUAUGUCUUCACCCCAAAAACCUUCUGCGACUUUGUCAAUGACAUCUGAUGGACCUGCAACUACCGAUGCAGCAUUAGCAGCUCUCGCUGCCGAAGCUGGUCUCAUCGAUCCUGUGCAGGAAUCUUCGGGUGGACUAUCUUUUAUGAUGGACAAUUCGGUAUUGCAUGCAGGUGACGGCCAAGAUGGAAAAUCCCAAGAGAGCUGCAAUGGCAAUGAAGCAUCAGCCAGUGCCACAGUGAAUGCGGGUCUUGGAGAACCGAUGCAAGUCGAUGGAGAAGGCAACAUCGUUAUCCCUCAGGUAGAUGGGCCAGGAGAUAUGAUUUUCUCUGAAGAUGAGAGUGAAGCUGUUGCAGCAGUCGAAGAAGAAGAACCCCCGUCGGCACAACAAGAAGAUGAUCAGCAACCAGUGGCCGAUUCCGUCCCACAGGUAGACAUGGUGGAGGAUGUUGAUCAGGGUAUUGCGGCCAUUACAGGAGAUAUCGCUGAUUCGUCUGAAAAUGAAGCUGCGCUCUUGGAAAGGAGUCCAUCUGCUGAAUCAAUGAACGUUGAGGCUAUUCUGUCUGGUAAUGAUAUUGGAGAGCAGCCAGAAAACUCGACUGCAUCUGAAAAAGAUAUGUCAUCCACAAGCAUGGAUGAAAGUAAAGAGACGGUAGAGGCGUCAGCUGAAAGUACGAUGCAGUUGGAUGAAGAUAAAGCAAUAGCAGAAGCAGAUCAGUCAGAACAAUCAAAACCCGUGGAAGAAUCUGCUGAUACGCAAAAAGAAGAAAUAAAUCAGAAAGAAGCCGAAGCAAAUCAAACUGACAAAGAAACUGAGGCUGAGGCUAAGGCUGAAGCUGAGACUGAAGCUGAAGCUGCGACUGAAGCUGAAGCCAAGUCUGAAGCUGAGACUGGAGUUGGGGCUGAAGCCGAGGCUGAAGCUAAAACUGAGUCUAAAAAUAAUGCUGAGUCUGAGUCUGAAGCUGAGGCCGAAGCUCAGGAUGACAGUGAGAAGAUGGCAGUUGAUCAAACUUCAAGCACUGAAAGUGCGCUACCUCAAGAAUCAAGCGAGGCUCAAAGCGAACCGACUCCCAGUGAGCAGCCAGUUGAAAAAAUAUUAGAUGAAUCGAAUACAGCCGAGAGUGAAGCUCAGCCUACUCAAUCAUCAGAAGCAGAAGAAGCACAAGGAUCGAACCAAAAAGCUGAGGCUGCAUCUGCAGAGAAUACCGUUAAAAAAAAAGAUGAAAGUGAACCUAUGUGUAUUGAUUCGUCCGAGGCAACACCAACGUCCACAUCAUCAGUUACAGAGCCAUUAUCAGCACCUCUGGCUCCGGAACGUGAGUCUGAGUCGAUUUCAGCAUCAGAACCUUCAUCGGCUGAAGAGCCUCUAGCUGCAGACUCAACCCCUGCGACAACGCAUGUCCCAUCUAAAGUACCUACAAGUCCAAAGCACAUCUUGCAAUCCGAUGAUCCUAUGGAUGGAUCCCAAGAGCCUGAACCUAGUGUGUCUACUCCGUCUACUCCCGUAAAUGCAAAGACCAAUAUUACCUUAAAAAAAGAACCUGAAGUUUCCUCUAAAAUGGAAUCCAAGCCUGUAGUUCAAACGAAUUCUGAAAAUAAAUCCAUAACACCUGCAGUUAAAGUUAAGCAGGAAAAACUCGAUGAUACAACUAGCCUAGAUAUGGCAUUGGCUACCUUAGCAACAGCUGCGUUAGGAUCUUCAGAAACUGCACAGCCUGCACAACCUUUACCUGUCUUAAAACAAGAGUCGCAAACUAAUAACAUUAGUAACGAAGAAAAAUCUAAAGAAGAAGAAAAAAAGACCAACGAAUGGUAUAAUGUAGGGGUAAUAAAAAGUCACAGUUGUUUAGUGCAACACUAUUAUCUUCUAGGAGAUCAGCCAAUAGAUUUGGCACAAGGGCUUUCUACCGAUUUAUUCAAGGGAAAAACAAAAGUAGUUUUGGAACCCGGAACUGCUUACAAAUUUAGAGUGGCUGCGGUUAAUAGCUGUGGUCAGAGCCCUUGGAGCGAAGUUUCAGCCUUCAAGACUUGCCUUCCUGGAUUCCCUGGUGCUCCAAGUGCUAUAAAAAUUUUGAAAUCAUCGGAAGGUGCUCAGCUGUCUUGGGAACCGCCGUCCACCAAUGCAGGCCCCAUUAUAGAGUAUUCGGUAUAUUUAAUAGUGCGAAGUGCUAGUGCCAUGUCGGAUAACUCGGGAGAAGUGACUUCAACAACGCCAGCGCAGCCGUCAUUUAUUAGGGUUUAUUGUGGUCCGGCUGCCGCGUGUACCGUAUCUAAUAAGUCUCUGAGUGCCGCUCACGUUGAUACCACGACUAAACCAGCUAUAAUCUUCAGAAUAGCAGCGCGCAAUGAAAAAGGAUAUGGGCCAGCGACACAAGUGAGGUGGUUACAAGAUCCAACAACAGGUGUCAAAAGUAAUAUGCAAGUAAAGAGGCCAGUGGCAGAUACUCGAUCACAUGCAAAUUCGCCUCAAAAAAAAGUGAAAUCAGACACGACGAACGAUAAUUUUUCGUGAACAAGUAACGUAACGUGAGAAAAGAGCGUUAUACACAAUUGAAAUUUGUUCUGCUGAUAUGCAACCCGACAACAAGAAUGACUGUGUUGAUCGUAUGAUUGAAAUAUCAAGGAGAUUAAACAGUUAUGCGAAAGCGACAAGCCCGGGAUGAAUGUAAAAAAGUUUAGAUGCCCUCUAAGAGCUAAUUCAAAAGAGACACAAAUUAUUUUUAAUGUCUUGAAGCUAAAAACUUGGUGUAAAUAGAUCAAAAAGAAAUGUUAUAAAUAAAUAUAAACCUUAAAUUUAUGCUCAAGCUAUUUGAGCUUCGAGUCAUUAGAAAAUUACUAUAUUUCAAGCUUUUUAGUAACAAUUUGUCUCCUAUUUUUAACAGGAAAAACUAUUUGUGUCUCUCAAUCAUCCCACAAUCAUUAUCUUUAAUAAUAUAAAAAGGCGCACUGAGCAUUUAAGUGUAAUAAGGAGCAAUCGUUAAAAAAGCUAAUAAAAACAACGUCAUGAUUUCGUGUUAAAUUUGCAAAGAAAAUUUUGUCUAUCUAAUCAUGUUCAAGAAAAUAAGUUUCUUGAACCUCGAAAUAUCUUGUGAGGUCCGUAUACUUUAUCCACAUCACCUUAUAAAGUUACUUUUUUAUGUAUAUGAAAUAAGUAUAUGAAUAAAUAUAUUAGAAAUUUUUAAAUUAUACAACAUUGAUUGUAAAUUCAAACUCAAACUAUUGACACUUGAGUGAUUUGACGUAAAAGAUACAAAAUAGGUUCAGAUAGUUGCGAAUUAUAAACUGUUCAGUAAAUUUUAUUCAUUACAUUAUUCAUCCAAGGAAACAUAAUACUGACAAAGUAAAGCGACAGAUAUCAUUGAUUAAAUGAAUGAAAUAAAAUUUAUAAAAAAGCAAUCCCAUUGCAUGUGUACAUAAAAUUUAAUCUAUCAUGGAAAAAAU